AACGUUUGGUUCGGUAUCGAUUUUCCGCGGAAAAUGUAAAAAUGACCCAAGUUCUUUUGUAAAUAAAGUACAGACUUAAAGUUAUUGAAUGUGAUUGUAACUGUAUAGAAUCUGGUAUAAAUUUAAUGUAUUUUUAUUGAUAAAAUAGUUAAUAUUUACGUGUAGCUUUACGAUAAACAUUAUGGCGAAAAUAUAUCAGCAUAUUUUUAAAGUCACUAUUUUUGUUUUGAGUGUAUUACAAUGUUUUAAUAAAGAAGUUGAUGGAGUAUCUAUCAUAACGAAUCCGCCUAACAAAACGGGCCACCACGUCCGGCGCUCAAGCGUUGACGACAGCUUCUUGAACAAGAAGGUAUCCUCAUAUAGGUCCUUCCAACCGGUCUCGAUUAAAUACCACAAGGCCACAUACCCCAGGGAAGACAGACCAGAUUAUGAUAUAACUUCCUACGAUACUGAGUACGGGGGAGUUGUGUCAAACUUCACGUCUUCCAUUUACGACGACAACCCCCAGUUAUAUCCAAACCCGGAAUAUGUUUCGAAGAAUAAUCAAGUGAACAAAAUGCAGCAAGAAAUGAAACCCCCAGAAGCGGAAGUAGAGCUCCCUGAUGAUUCAUUGGCUGACGCAGAUCUCAAGGAGCACAAUAUUAUUGACAGUGUCACGUACUUGUACGGAUUCAACAAUUGCCACGGCGUUAGGAAUGAAUGGAUGAUAUUGAUAUUCAUAACAAGCGGUAUAGCAGUGAUCUUGCUGGUGGGAGCGGUAAUGUGGCUGAUGUGGAGCGAAUACGCAGCGGAGUUCCGUCGCAACAGUAAACUGUACCCAAUCAACAUCAACCUCCUCUGUUGCUUGAUUGCUUGCACCCUGAUAUACAUACAAGCUACUAUGGGAGUAUCAUCACCAUCCCAAUGCGAGAGGAUCGCCCUUCUGCUCCACUACACACACAUAACGUGUUCGAUGUGGAUCGUAGCGUUAGCCGCGGCUGUUUCAGAAUAUUGCGUGUGCGAUUCUCUGCUCCCGUUGAAAUAUGACUAUUUGCUGGCGUAUGGCGCCCCAGCUGUUGUUGUUAUGUUCAACUACGCGCUAUCAAUGGAACAAUACGAGAUAAAACACUACUGUUGGAUGUCGAUCGAGAAGGGAAUGGUGAUGGGUUUCAUGGUCCCAGCCAUGAUACUAAUACUCAUAAACACAGCAAUAAUCAUACUCGGUCUACAAAGCGUAAAUAAGAAACAAGCUGAAAUGCUAACGGCAAAAAUACAAGAAUUAGUCGACCACCACAUAGCCAAUUGGCCUAAAAGUGAACAGAAUGAAGAUAUUAAAAACGGAAGUUUGGAAAACAUUGAAAUCUAUUCGCCGGGGAGUAGCAGGAAGAAUACCGAUAGUUCUGAUACUUUGGACAAAGAAUACGGUAUGUGCGAAGACGAUAUUGGCGGUUCUAGCGGGGAUGUGACCGGCGAAGCCGGAAAUGAGUCGAACGUAGCAAAGACAAUCCACGACAAAAGCCUUCUAAACAUGUUGUACAUGGACAACCUGUCCUGGCGAUGGAGUUGGAACACGGAGGGCAACGAACUGAAGACUUAUCUGAAUCUAUGCCUAGUUCUGGAGCCGUUCUUCGCGAUAAACUGGGUGAUGGGUGUGGUGGCCAUAGAGAAUGCUGCGCAUUGGUCCACGCCGACGAUCUAUUUGAUUCUCGUUGUGUCUAUGUAUGUGUACCUGACGGUGACUGUGUGCACGACGCUGCCCGUGGUGCGCGCCCGGGCCGCCGGCUGCGAGGAAGUCGUCGUCGCCGACCAGCCGCCGCGGCCCAGGACAACAGACAGCAUCCCACUGCUGGACCCCACGAUACAACAGCCCAACGUCACCCCAGCCCCGGCCGACACAAUCAGCACAAUCAGUAUUUAACUCUACGACUAUUACAAUACGGUCCAAAAUGUUUCGGCUGACGAGCCGUUGGAGGACGAGUAUAACGAUACGUACUUUUGAAUUUAAGCUCUAUUACCGUUGCAAUACGGUGUAAAUUACAGUCGACGGGCUGGACACGGAUUUUCGAAAUGUUGUAACUCUAUGGCUGUAGCAAUAGGGUUAAAAUUUGUGAUUGAUAGAGCAACAAAGGGAGAUGACUUAAAAAAAUGAGGUUAAUGAACCGACAAAUGGACAAGAUUUUUUGAAA